UCCAUUCUUCUUCAAACCAACACACCCUUUUCCCAUUCUACUACACUAGCAAAAACUGAUUGAACUUACUCCUCAGUACCCACCAUUACUGCUGCGUCUUCCACUAUUCCAUUACUUCUCCAACUAACCAAGUACAUACAUGGAUGUUUUCUACCAGUAUUCCCCUGAUUCCGAGAGUAGCUGUGGUCGUGUCGUCAACUUGUCUGACGAGGAGGUUAUUUUGGCUUCCAGGAACCCGAAGAAACGUGCCGGGAGGAAGAAGUUCAAGGAAACCAGGCACCCGGUCUACCGGGGCGUGAGGAGGAGGAACUCAGGGAAGUGGGUGUGCGAGGUCCGCGAGCCCAACAAGAAGUCCAGGAUAUGGCUGGGGACGUUCCCGACUGCCGAAAUGGCGGCGCGAGCUCACGAUGUCGCUGCAAUAGCUCUGCGUGGGCGGUCCGCCUGUCUUAAUUUCGCGGACUCGGCCUGGAAGUUGCCUGUGCCGGCUUCGGCGGAAGCGAAGGACAUUCAGAGGACGGCGGCAGAGGCGGCAGAGGCGUUUCGUCCAGCGGUUUUGAUGGACAAUUCGUCGGAAACGGUGGCUGAGGAUGAAAGGAAAUCGCCUGAGAGAGUGUUCUUCAUGGAUGAAGAAGCAGUCUUUGGGAUGCCGGGAUUGCUGGCAAAUAUGGCAGAGGCGAUGCUCCUGCCUCCACCAUAUAAUUGCGCGGGAGAUGACGUGGAAGCUUCGGCUGACAUGUCAUUAUGGAGUUAUUCCAUAUAAAUUACAACUCAUAAAUAUAAAAUCAUAUCAUCAGCCGGAACAUAUACUAUAUAAAGGAAAGAGUAAUAGUAGUGUUAGGAAACCAAAAGGGUGAUGAGAUGUGUUUUGAAGUUGGACCGGCCAUCAUUCCGUACUUUGUUUUUUUUUUUGAUUGAGUGCGGUGACUGUGUGUCGUGUUUUCGAUCUUCAUGACAGAGAUAAGCAUGUAUGUUGCAAGCUAGCAAGUGUUGGGAUAUUAUUGGUGAAGAAAAAUCAUCAUGAUAUAUAUUCAUGUGGGCACAUAAAAUGCCCAAUUACAAGCU